AUGAAUGUCGGCGAACUGCUCACCAAUUCGCUGUCUCCAGAUCAUAACACGCGCCAUGCUGCGGAGCAGGCGCUGGAGACUGCAGCGCGCGAUAACUACUCUGUGUAUAUGAUUUCGCUCGCAACCGAGCUCGCCAGCGACAGUGCACAGCAGUUCAUCCGGUCCGCGUCCGGUCUCGCGCUGAAAAAUGCACUGGCAGCCCGCGAUUUGAAGCGUGCGUCUGAGUACGCGGAGCGCUGGACCGCGCUCCCAGCAAAUGUGCGUGAUGAGGUGAAGAGCAACGUGCUCAUGACACUUCGCACAAGCGACGCGCGUGCAGGCACUGCAGCAUCCCAGGUCGUUGCGGCAAUGUCUGCGAUUGAGUUGCCGCGCGGAAUGUGGCCAGACCUGAUCUCGCAGCUUCUGGCUGCCGUGGGCGAUACAAGCAACCCCCGUUUGCGGCAAGCGGCGCUGCAGUCGAUCGGUUUCACCUGCGAAGUCGUCGAUCCCGCCGUGCUCUCUACCCAGUCCAACGAGAUUCUCACGGCAGUAAUCCAGGGUGCGCGCAAAGAAGAGACUUCGCACGAAGUCCAGCUCGCCGCGCUCCACGCGCUGCUCAACUCGCUCGAGUUUGUCCGCAGCAACUUUGAGCGCGAAGGCGAACGCAACUACAUCAUGCAGGUGGUGUGUGAGGCAACACAGUCGCCACACAGCCCAGUCAAGGCCGCCGCCUUUGAGAAUUUGGUGCGCAUUAUGCAGCUUUACUACGAAAAGAUGCGUUUCUACAUGGAGCAGGCCUUGUUUGGCUUGACGGUGCUCGGAAUGCGCGACCCAGACCCCAGCGUUGCGCUGCAAGCCGUCGAGUUCUGGUCGACUGUGUGUGAUGAAGAGAUUGAGCUCCAGAUGGAGGCCGCCGAGGCGCUCGAGUACAAUGAGGAGCCUUUGCACGUCUCGUACCAUUUUGCGCGCAUUGCGCUGCCUGAAAUCGCGCCCGUGCUCAUGGAAUUGCUCACGCAGCAGGACGAGGGUACGGACGAGGACGAGUGGGAUGUGGCAAAAGCGGCGGGAACCUGCUUGGGUCUCCUGGCGCAGGUCGUGGGCGACGCCAUUGUCGCCAUCACCGUGCCGUUUAUCGAAGCCAACAUCAAGUCGCCAGACUGGCGCAGGCGCGAGGCCGCGCUCAUGUGCUUUGGUAGCAUCAUGGAUGGUCCCGAGAGCAAGCUGCUCGAGACGCUUGUCGUCCAGGCGCUCGCCACGGUGAUCGAGACGCUGCAGGACACGAGCACCGCCGUAAAAGACACCGCGGCAUGGACCCUCGGCCGGAUUUGCGAGUUUGUAUAUGACGCCAUCGCCCCCGAGGUCCAGCUCGGGCCGCUGAUCCAAGCGCUGCUCGGCGGACUGCAGGACCAGCCGCGGAUUGUGACACACUGCUGCUGGGCGCUCAUUAAUUUAUCAGAGCACAAAGGCAUCCUCGCGAGCCUCGACGAUAUCGACCCGCCCACGACGUGCCUCUCGCCGUACUUUGAGACGAUUGCCACCCACCUCGUGCAGGCCGCCGACAGGCCAAACAACGAGUCCAAUAGCCGCACCUCGGCCUACGAGGCGCUGGCCAGUCUCAUUGCCAACUGUGCGCAAGACUGUUUGCAGCACGCGAGCAAUGUGCUUGUGCAUGUGAUCGAGCGCCAGGAGCAGCUCAAUGCAAUGGUUGCGCAGCUCGUGGGCCUCGACGACCGGAACAAUUGGGCGGAGUUGCAGAGUAAUUUGUGCAGUGUUAUGAUUGCCGCCGUGCGUAGAAUCCAAGGCGGGAUUGCGCCGGUGGCCGAUCGGCUCAUGGCCGGGCUCCUAACGCUCAUCCAGAACAGCGCCAAGCAGCCGACCGUGCUGGAAGAUGCGUUCAUUGCCGUGGGCACAGUGAUUGUUGCACUGGACGCUGCGUUUGAAAAGUACCUCGAGGCGUUCCUGCCUUUUCUUGUGGAAGGGCUGCGCCACCACGAAGAGUACCAGUUGUGCACAAUCAGCGUCGGGAAUGUCGGGGAUAUCUGCCGCUCGCUGGGCGGGGCAUCGGUCAAGUACAUCGAGACUCUGAUUGUCAUCCUGUUUGAGGAUCUGCAGAGUCCGGUGCUGAACCGCACUGUGAAGCCACACAUUUUGAGCUGCUUUGGCGACAUCGCGAUGGCAAUUGGCGCUGCGUUCGAGCCGUACUUGGGCACUACGAUGGCUGUUUUGCAGCAGGCGAGUAUGGUCCAGAACACAGCGGAUGCCGACUAUGAAAUGAGUGAGUACGUCAAUGACUUGCGCAGCGGCAUCGCCGAGGCGUACGUCGGUAUCGUUUCCGGCGUGCGGGCGGGAAACAAGGCCGAUCUCUUUUAUCCGUAUGUCGAGAGCACGCUGGCAUUUAUUGGCCUCGUCGCUUCCGACAGCGCGGAUCGGUCCGAGGUGCUCUUGCGCUCCACAAUUGGGCUCCUGGGCGACUUGGCUUGUGCCUUCCCGGCAGGGCCCGUCAUGCAACAAUUGCAGCAGCAGUGGGUGCUAGACUAUAUAAAGGUGGGGCGCUCCCGUGGGAAUGGUGCAGAGACGCGUAAGACCGCAAACUGGGCUCGCGAGUUGGUGAAGAAGUCUACGAUGGGCAGCAGCGCUGUAGGCACGCCGACACUCUAG